CUCCAGAGCAGGAAGGUUGUCAGGAGGUUUGGAACCAGAAGGAUCUUUCUCAGCUCACCUUCAUAGCUUCGACAUCCCGUUUCAAGGAGCACCAUUCGGUCCAUCAGACCGCAUGUCUGUCCGGAUUCAAGAGUUUAUUGUCAUUGUUUGGCAAACAACGAAAGCGUCUUUGCCUCUAAGGAUGACCUGUCUGACCGACGUGCAGCACUGUCCUCUCAAACUUACAUUUCUGUUUUUCUGGCUGCUGUUGGGGAUCGAGAAGUUGAUGGAGAUGCAACUGUCCUGCCCGUGCAAGCCUGGGGUGAACGAGGCAUUUGUGGCCUUCAUGUUCAUCGUGCCGGCUCUGCUUGUGUUCACCGUAAUGCUGCUUCUUACAAGGCCGUGCAAACACCCUUGCAGGAGGGGGUCAAGCCGAUUUGCUCAGGCUCUCUUGCCUUGCCUGAUUCCACCUACUUUGUGGGUCAUUUUGUUACUUCUGAAUGGUCAGUACGUGGCCUGCGGGUUAACAUACUGGAAAGGAAUCUAUGUCUUGGAUGAGGACAAGCCUCCGUUGUUGUGGUGUGAACCUUCUAGUUCAAGAGAAUCAGUGGAAAAAGCAUUGUACCGACGUUACAUUGGAUGGUCACAGGUCUCAGGCCUUAUUCUAGUGUGUUCCAUCUGCAUCGUGACCGUGGUCACUGUGGGUCAGCGAGACUGUCGCCAAGCUAGAGAGGGAACUACACCUGAGGAGGAGGCUCCAAUUCUUCAUUCCUGAGGCUCUCUGGAGUUUGGAUGAAGAACAUGGUCAUAUUUUACUGAUUUAUAUUUCAGUUCAGAUGUAUUCUCAGCUAAUGUAGUAAAUACAUAAUAAAGAUGAGAUAUUGAGCAUUAAAUAAGGGUUUAGCUUAAAUAUUGAAGCGAGUACCAGUGUUUCCCCUACCAUUUAACUGUUCCAGCCAGAGUUUUCUAGGAUUAAAAUUCUUUGUCAACUGAAAUUGGUUUGGUUUAAUGUGAUAAAGGCAGAACAAAGACGUGAAACAAGUGAGUGCUCCCCCUGCUGGAUGUUUGUAGACCUCAGCAAUCAACUUCCUAGCAUUUGUCAAGCCCUAAUAAUGAAUAGAAAUUAUUAACAUACAACUAAAUAUUUUAUAAACACCAAUAUACAUUUUUUUGGAAAUUGGCCCAGUAUGAA